ACAGCGUUCCAACUUGCCUGGAGCGGGGAUGUUUGCCCACGGAGCAGACGGUCAGAGCUCAGAGCUCAGAGCAGCCAGUUGAGGUUGUUUGAUGCUGGAGGCCAGUUGUAGUGUGCUGGGAUUAAAUGUGCUAGACCAGGCGUGACACAUCUGUAUUCAGCUUGCGUAGCAGAAUUUGUUGUUGAACUUGAUAGAGAAACGAAAUGUGACAUUCUUGUGGUGGAGCGACUUACGAACCUCAUGACAUCUGACGUCUGCUGACAUUUUGAUGUAUUUAUACAGACUGGAUUCGGUCUGAACACUUUCAACAAUGUGGAAAGAAUUCCGUCCAGUCACAGUGAAGGAGAUGAUCCACGUGGUGCUGGCGGAACAUCUCACAGGAAAGGUCUACAACUCCGAGGAAACCACAGAGCUCACGAAAACAAUCUCAGAUGAUAUCAAGACAAAGUUAAAAGAUCUGGGCUACGACAGAUACAAGUUCAUCGUUCAGGUUGUUAUUGGAGAACAGAGGGGAGAAGGUGUAAAGAUGGCUUGUCGAUGUUUCUGGGACUCAGAUACAGACAACUAUGCUCAGGAUAUAUUCAUGAAUGAUUCAAUAUUCUGUGUGGCUGCUGCCUUUGGUGUAUUCUACUAUUGAAAUCAACAACGCCUUCACCAUGUCAUUUUGUUAUUGCCUGUUGCACAUUGUUCUACAUUGACUGAAAUGCACAUCGUUCACAGAAGAGUCUGGGAUAUGUUGCAGUAUUAUGCAUCAGACUUGGCAAAUAGGAUUGCCUAAUGCCAGUGGACUCUCUAUUACAUGAUUGGGCUGACUAUAUUUAUAACCUGUUAGGAAAUAAAAGAAGAUGUCAUAUAGAAGACUCGGUUCGAAAUAAUUGUAGUUCAGCAUGCUCCUUAACAAAGCCCUGAUUUGAGACCAAGAGGUUAAACAUUAAGCUUUUUUCAAAAGGAUCUAUCCAGCCCAAAUGCAUAAGAAGCUUGUGACUCCAGAUAGACCAGAAAACUCUGAUCCUUGUUAGAAAUGAAAGGAUUCUGUGACCUUGAGGUUUGCUCUAUGGUCUUUGUAGGGACCACCUGAACAUUGCAUUCUUAAUGUAAGGAGGACCCUUUCACAGUCUUGCUUAUUUUGGAACGUGUUUCUUUUUUGUCACAAUGCCUCUUGCUGUAUAUGUUUAGAGCCUUUAACUCUCACAGAAUAGGUAUGUGAGAUUACUGAGCUUUAUCCCGCUUCUUUCGUCUCCUCUAUGUCUUUGUGAUUCAUAUUUCGGCAAGGGGCGGUGGGAUGGCCUAGUGGUUUAAGCAUUCGCUUGUCACCCUGAAGACCUGGGUUCGAUUCCCCCUCAUGGGUAUAAUGUGUGGAGCCCAUUUCUAGUGUCCCCUGCUGUGAUAAUGCUGGAAUAUUGCUAAAAGUGGAGUAAAACCAUACCCACUCACUCAUAUUUCAGUAAACCUACACCGAUCCCUGGAUCUGUUCUUGUAUUUUCUGAUAAUUACCUGAGCUUGAGCUUCAUUUGUUUGAUUUCCUGUGCUUCAAGGUCUAACAUACCAAUCAGAAUGCGAGUUACAAACAAGCCUCGAUGUUGGGCUUGAAACAACCCGUUGAUGAUGUUCAUGUAAGAUAUUUCAGUUUGUGCUUAAUGUAUCAAUACACACGUAGGUUGUCAAAUGCUGUGAAGCCCAAAAUGACUUCUUUACAAGAUUACAAGUUUUCUUUUGAACAUGCAAAUUGUAUUUUCUAAAUUUCAUCUACCUCAAAAAUCAAUCUCUGGACGUGGUAGAUAUUUUAUAUAUAAUGUGUUGUGGGAUACAAAAAGGCAAAACAAAAACGCAGAUAGAAACUUUGUUUAGCUGGGUCCAGUAAGUUGUUCCAAGUACAUGCAUGAUCUCAGAGCUGUGAUGUUUGACGUUCCAGUCUUUGAACACUGCUUCAUCAGUCAUGUUUUUUUUCCUUUUUGUAAAGAUUUCAUCUCAUGAAGUGGGGCAGACAUUGUCCAGUACUCAAAGGCAACACACAAUUCUUGUGCAAAAUUCCGUCCUCUGAAUGGGCCUAAGAUCACAGAAGAUCAGGGGUUUUAAUCUCAGAUUCGCCCUGUCUAUUUCCAUUGGCUUGUCAGCACCAUAUUUCUGCUUGUGGUAUUUACCUGAAGUACACAGGGGUGAAAAUAACUUUAAAAUUGCUAGUGUACUCCGGUACAGUGGCACAUGUAAAAUCACUUGCCCUGAUAAUUUUUCCACUA